AUGCAAUCACACGCACGAUCAUCAUCCCUAGGGCAGAGGGGUGGCAUCGCACACCAGCGCAACACAUCCAGACAGCUUGCCUACGUCAGAACUCGCUUGGGCUCUGAUGCACACGAAGCUGCUGGGAGCACUGCGCCUGCAGCCCCUCUGCCGCGUCGCACGUCCAAGCAACACGAGGCCGGCAAGCCGUUGAUCAACGGCAGUGCGGCGGACAGCGGCGCACACGACCCGUACUCCCACCACAGAACACCCUCGCCUACGAAAGAGAGCUCCAACUGGAACCCCGCUGCUGUCGAAAAUGGCCCACUACACUCGCGCCAGUCCCUCGCGCACAACCCAAUGCUCCCGCCAGGCGCAUCGACACCGCUCGAAUCGCCGACAACCACACAACAGGGCCACCCCAUAGUCAAACUUCCUCCCCCGCCGCCGACAUGGUCGAACAUGCCCAACAAGGGCCAACUGGCCAUCCUCGCACUUUCCCGAUUCGUCGAUUUCUUCCAGAUGGCUGCUCUGCAGACAUUCAUGGUGCACCAGCUGAAGAGCUUCGACCCUGAGGCAUCCGAUGUCACGAUAUCGCAUCAAGCCGGCACACUGCAGGGCGCUUUCACAGCCGCGCAAAUCAUCACUAGCAUACUAUGGGGCAGAGCGGCGGAUCAACCUAUGCUAGGAAGGAAGACAGUACUCAACAUCGGCUUGGUCGGCACAGGCAUUGGCUGCAUAGGAAUGGGAUUCAGCAGGACAUAUGGACAAGCCGUCUUCUGGCGAUUGAUAAGUGGUGCGAUCAAUGGAACAGUAGGCUCGGCACGAACAAUGGUGGCAGAGAUCACACCGAAGCCAUGGCACCCUCGAGCUUUCCUGCUCCUGCCCGCGGCGUUCAACGUCGCAAACGUGGCAGGCCCGAUCUUAGCCGGUCUGUUCGCAGAUCCGACAGUGAACUUGCCACAGUACUUUGGGCCGAACAGCACAUUUGGUGGUGUGGAAGGUGUGGUGUGGAUGAAAGCCUACCCGUACGCGGUGGCCAACCUGAUGAGCACAGUCCUGCUCUUCGCAGAGGCGAUACUGGUGCACUACGGUCUGCAGGAAACCUUGAAAGGCAAGCGACCGAUGGACAUCUCCAAGUUCGACCCGGUGGCGCUGGUGAGGUCAAUGUACCGCGAAGCCAUGCGGAUGAAGAAUUCAGGAUAUCGAAUGCUGCAGGAGAGUCAGCGGCAAGGUCUACUAUCUGGAGAAGAAACCAGAAGGUCCGUAGAGAUGGAUCGAUUGACCGCGAACGGAGAGAGAGAGCAACAACGACCAUUCCAGAGGCUGCCAUUCCGCCGCAUCUGGACUCCAAACGUGCUUUGGACAUUACUGAGUAUAGCCAUCUUCGACUUCCACAUGGGCGCCUUUGCGAACCUGUGGAUCCUGUUUCUCGCCACACCACGCGAGUUCGUCGGCGACGAUCAAUUGGUGGACGCACCGGUCAAGCGAGAUGGCGAAGGCAUACUCGCUAGGAGCGUGUUCAAAUUCGCAUCUGGCCUUGCCUUCCCACCUCCCACCAUUGGGUUCGCCAUGGCGAUUAUCGGUUUCAUCGGCGUUGCACUGCAGUUCAUAUUAUACCCCUGGGCCAACGGCAAGUUCGGCCUUAUGCGUUGCUUUCGAGGAUCUCUAUUCUUCUUUCCGAUGGCUUACUACUUGGCGCCUUACCUUGCGCUGCUGCCGUCAAAUUCUGCACCACCAGCACCAGCCAGCGGUGUCACCAUCUGGGUCGGCAUCAGCGCGGUGCUCUUCCUGCAGGUGGCAGCGAGGACGUUUGCGCUGCCGGCAUCUAUCAUUUUGCUGAACAACAGCUCGCCCCAUCCUAGCGUUCUGGCCACGAUCCAUGGUAUCGGAAAUGCUUGCUCGGCGACUUUCCGUACCAUCGGGCCAAUGCUGGCUGGAUAUUGGUACGGCAUAUGGACUGAGCGCGGCAUCGUGGGCAUGUCGUGGUGGAUUGUGGCAAGUGUAGCGUCCAUUGGAUGUAUCGCCAGCUUCAAGGUUCGGAAUGGCAGUGGACAUGAGAUCUUCCUUCCUGGCGAAGACGAUGAGAUGAAGCAAGGCCAGACUGGCGGGGGUAGUGGAGAUGGGAGGUAG